GCCACGCACUGAGCAGCUGGGGCGCAGGGGACACUGGGGAAGCAAGCGCCCCAGAGCCUGAGCGCCCAGCGGAGCCCCGCCACCAGAGCCAGAGCCACUGACGCUGGAUGGCAGGUGCGUGGCCACCAGGAAGACUGAGAGGGACCUGGUAGUGCGGGGCGCCCCGGGGACCACUUUUCCUGUCUCCACAAAGCAGCCCCGCAGGUGCCGCAUCUCCUCGCUGUCCGGCUGCUGCGGCGUCACCAUGGAGUCCCCGGUGCAGAUCUUCCGCCGGGAGCCGGGCCCCACCUGCGCCCCGAGCGCCUGCAGGCUCCCCAACGGCAGCGCUUAUUUCCCCGACUGGGCCGAAGCGGACAGCAACGGUAGCGCGGCGGCGGAGGACGGGCAGCUCGAGUCCACGCACAUCUCCCCAGCCAUCCCCGUCAUCAUCACGGCCGUCUACUCCGUGGUGUUCGUCGUGGGCUUGGUGGGUAACUCGCUGGUCAUGUUCGUGAUCAUCAGAUAUACGAAGAUGAAGACAGCCACCAACAUCUACAUCUUUAACUUGGCUUUGGCAGAUGCCUUGGUUACCACCACCAUGCCCUUCCAGAGCACAGUCUACCUGAUGAAUUCCUGGCCAUUUGGGGAUGUUCUUUGCAAGAUUGUAAUUUCCAUUGACUACUACAACAUGUUUACCAGCAUAUUCACCUUGACCAUGAUGAGUGUGGACCGCUACAUUGCUGUAUGCCAUCCGGUAAAGGCUCUGGACUUCCGCACACCUUUGAAGGCCAAGAUCAUCAAUAUCUGUAUUUGGCUCCUGUCAUCCUCUGUUGGCAUUUCAGCAAUAGUCCUUGGAGGCACCAAAGUCAGAGAUGAUGUGGAUAUCAUCGAGUGCUCGCUACAGUUCCCUGAUGAUGACUAUUCCUGGUGGGACCUCUUCAUGAAGAUCUGUGUCUUCGUCUUUGCCUUUGUGAUCCCCAUCCUCAUCAUCAUCGUCUGCUACACCCUGAUGAUCCUGCGCCUGAAGAGUGUCAGGCUCCUUUCUGGAUCCCGAGAGAAGGAUCGCAACCUCCGCAGAAUCACUAGACUGGUGUUGGUGGUGGUGGCGGUCUUUAUCAUCUGUUGGACCCCCAUUCACAUCUUCAUCCUUGUGGAGGCUCUGGGCAGCACCUCCCACAGCACUGCUGCCCUCUCCAGCUAUUACUUUUGCAUUGCCUUGGGUUAUACUAACAGCAGUCUCAAUCCCAUCCUUUAUGCUUUUCUUGAUGAAAACUUCAAGCGCUGUUUUAGGGACUUCUGCUUCCCCAUCAAGAUGAGGAUGGAGCGACAGAGCACAAGCAGAGUGAGAAACACGGUUCAGGAUCCUACUUACAUGAGAGAUGUGGAUGGGAUGAAUAAGCCAGUAUGACUAGUCGUGGAGAUGUCUUCUUACAGUUCUCCAGGAAGAGAAGAGUUCAAUGAUUUUGGCUUUACCCAGAUUACCACUGCAGUCUGAGAAGGAAAGAUGAGAUAUUUAACACACUCUUUAAAAAUCUCAUGGAUUGCUUUGAAGUUAUGAGAUGUAAGCUGUAUUAGUGACCCAGGUCCCUGGAAGCAACAAUGCUGUAGCAUGGAGGACAGAAAAUCCUAGGAACAAAUGGACCACUACUCUGGGUCUGAGAAUCCAGCCUAAUUCUCAACCCUGUUGAUGAACAAAGAAAUGGGCCUUUUUCUUCUGAUUUUCUAGGUUUAGUUGGUGCCCUUCUGCUGUGACCUUCCUAUGCAAUGUGGUUUCUAAGCUCUGUUUAAGAAAACUGGGAAAAUAAAAGCAAGAUCAUUGGUUCCAGAGCUUACUAGACACUCGAUUCAUAUGCUUUACACUGACAGCAACAACCUCAAAAAGAAUGAAGCAUAUCUACAUGCUUCGUAGGCCAAGCUUAUUCAGGACUUGGAUGCCAACCUGCAAUGCCUGAUGUUCACCUAUGGUGUAUAAUAUCAUCUUGACAUUGUGAAUUUACUUAAACAUGUUAAUGGUGGCUUUUAACAUUGUCUAAUAUAUGAAAACUACAGUUGCUAUUCAGAUACAUAAUAUUCUGAUAAAGCAUGUACUGAUACCAAGAAGUAUAAAGGUUACCAUCAAAAAGUGUAUAAAGUUUUAUCUUUAAAUAAUACUCUAUGUAUAAAAAAGGAGCAGGCUUUCUUUCCAACAAGGAAAUUUCUCAAGAGUGCAUUAGUGGUAUCUGAGAGGUAUUAAGAGUUGAUGCUGAGACAUUUUGCUGCCACAUAAGAUACUCUCUGGGAAUCAGUCAUAGUGUGAUUUCUUCUAGAUUUAUCAAACACCAUUUAGACAUUUAACAACAUUCAAACUUGGCUUUAACAAAUAUCCCAACCUUGAAUUCAAUCCAAGAUUAUAGUCUUUACAGAAUCUAGUAUGUUUGUAGCAUCUCUUUGUAAAUCCAUAGCUAUUGCAGAUUUUCUCUAUUCAUGGAGAAGAAGGUAUGAUAAUGUGUAUCUCAAGAUACUAUUUUGUGCCUUUCAGCAGGAAGUAGAAUUGUUCCUAAAUGUGUGCUGAAUAAGGAAAUGAAGCUUCUUGGGGUGCCUGAACACAGCUUGCAUGGGGUUCUCAAAGGCCAUGCCUGCUGAGAAUAAUGCCCUGAGCAGCACAUUUAGGAUAAUUUUGCUAAAACUUCCAGAUGACACAUAAAUUUUCUCUUCUUUUCCUUAAAAGUCAUGGUUUCAUAGGUAAUGGCUUUUUGUGACUUGCCUGGGAAGAAGAAGAAAGGGAUAAUUUAGAAAUUGCACUUAUCUGUAGGCCUGUGUCUUAUAAGGACAGCACCCUUCGUAGUGCAAGCAGAUCAUCUGACAUGUGAUCUGAAUAAUUCUACAUCUCUGCUCACCCUGUGCUUGACUCUGGCAUGCUCACCCUCUUCCUUCUGAAGACAAAGUCCUGCAUUAAAGGCUGGAGAAUUUCAAUGAUCAUGUUUGCCUCCAUUCCAGAUUUUUAAAAAUAUUGUAUGUAUUUAUUUGUUUGAGAGAAAGAGAGAAGAAGACAAAGAGAGGAAGAGGCAGAUAGACAGAGAAUUGAGGUACCAGAGCCACCAACCACUGCAAAUGAACUCAAGAUGCAUGCACCACUUUGUGCAUCUGGCUUAUGUGGGUAAGAGAAUUGAACCUGGGACCUUAGGCAUCUCUUCAGCCCUGCAUUUCAGAUUUUUAUGGAACUCAAUGCAAUGGCUUAAGUUGACCUAGUAGAUAUUUUUCCUAAUGAAUAUGAAGCACUCUUCUGAGUAUUUAUUAAAUGUCACUGAAAUCCCUACAUACUUUUAUAUUCUUGUAUAUGAAGCAAAAUUGGACUUGAUUAAGAAAAGUUUUAAAUAUAGAUUUAAUGUGGGGGUUAAAAUAAGGAAAGACACUCUAUUGAGAGUGGGAAUGAGCUUGUUAAGUAAGAUAGUUGCCACUCUAUAUCCUGUAGCUGAAUAUAAAUACAUAGGACUGGCUUAAGUGUUGGUUGACAUUAACCCAAUAGUUAAAAAUGUUGCUACUAUAUGAGAGAUAUCUAUAUACAGAGUCCUUCUAGGAAAAAUCCCACUGAGAUAAGAAAUUUUAAAAGCUUCUACAGAGUAUCAAAGCCCAGAAGAUUUUGUUUGUGAAUUCUUACAUAAUACAAAAAUACAAUAGAGAUAUUACCAUGAUAGAUGAACUUAGACCAUUCUCUUUAGAAUUCCAUAUACUCUUCUUAGGAGUAAUUGCCAUUAUUGGGGUCUGAAUCUUCUUAUGAUUCUUCUGCAUCUCUUGAUAUAUAAAUGUGCAUACCAAAGAAAAAGACAAGUAGCUUUAAUGCUCAUGAGAUGUGCUUCAAGUUUCCCAACUACUGCUAAUGCUGACCCCCUCAAAUUGAAAAGGAAAUAUGCCAAUGUCAUUUUAGGGUAUUACUUUAAAGAAUGAUCAAAGGAAUCACAUGUGACAAGAAAAAUGCCAACCAUAAAAUUGUGUUUUAAUAUUGAAAGUGUAUACAAGUGUUUAUUUUUGUGAGCAAAAGCACAUGCAUAUGUUCAUGUGUGUGUUGCUGUGGGACAGUGGUUAUAGUGUCAUUCUUUAAUUGUUGCAGACAGUGCAUUUGUCCAAGUCCCAUGGACCCUUAGGUAGCUAUGGUUUGAGAUUCCUGCUCUACCAUCAAACAAAGGAGGCCUGCUAGGUCUCUGAUGUCAUAAACUUGAGAUUGACUCUGCAUGAGCUUUAUCUUUUCAUCCAGGUAACAGUUUUUUGAACAAAAACAUCACUUAGAAAAACCACAGAAAUUUGAGAAGAUGGUUUCAUUCUGUAUUGGUAUAUUACAAAGAAACAAAUGCUAUUAAACUUGGAGCUGGGAGGAAGGAUCAUUAAGUUAAAGUAUUGGCUGCACAAGCAUGAGGACAUGAGUUUGCAUUGCAGGUCCCCGUGUAAAAUGCUGAGUAUGGCAGUGCACAUCUAUAAUACUAGAACUGGGGAGGUAGAGACAGGACUGUAGGACUUUCUGGCUAACUUGUCUAGCCCAAAGGGUGAGCUGUGGAUUCAAUGAGAGAUGCAUGUUAUCUCAGAGAAAAAAAAAAGGUUGGAGUGUGAUCCAAUAAUGUCAAUCUCUGUCCUCUAUUUGCAUA